UUUAUAAAUAAUUAGUUCAAUUUGGAUGUGAUAAAACAAUAAUGCACGAUCACGAAAAUUAGGAAAAUUACUAAAAGGGAGCGAAAAUUGAAUUGUUGGUAAAAGUUUAAAUGCGGCAGUUCUAGCGGAUGUAAUGCUUUUGAGGGGAUGUGGCAUGUCGUAGGCGGAAAUUGGGCCAUGGAGUACAAUCCUCGUUCAGUUUUCGUGCACACUUUAGAACUAUCUAGUACUGCUGCAUAUCUUAAAGGAAUCAAAGCAGGGAUCUUUGAAGCUUAGAUGUAAUAUGAGAAAGGAAGACCCGGGUCUCGGGUCCGGGUUCGGGUCCGGGUCCGGGUCCAGAUCCGGGUCUAGAAAUUUCAAGACCCGGACCCGGACCCGUCGGGUCCGGAUCAGUAGUUAUAGGACCCGAGUGAACCGGGUCCGAAGACCCGUUUCUUAAUUCGGGUCCGGGUCCUGGUCGGGUCCGGGUCCCACCUGGGACCCGACCCGUUGCGAGCACUGGAUGAGGGGACGAUGGUCACACGAGGAAGCCAAGUCUCCAACCUUAGCGGAUACAAUUUAAUGCAGCAUGUUGUGUCCAAUCAUUGGACUCCAAUGUACAUAUGUCGCAAAAUUUCAUCCACCUCAAGUCUAGUGCUGCACAAGUCGCAAGUCCGCUUCAUGUGAAGGUAUCUUACUGGAAACGAUCCAAGGUCUCGAUAGAUAUUUUCCAGCCUAGAGGAAAUAAGAUCACUCGCUCCACCAAUGACUUUUGAUGUCAUAUUUUAUAUCAAAAGUCUUCAAUUGUCCACUACGAAAUAGCUCCCCAUUCUUGCCAGUACAGGUUCUUGGUUCCAUUCAUGAAAUUCUACAUACUCGUAUCUCUAUUCGAGGUAUAUCAUUUACUGACAUGUUUCGCCAUCCCGUUUCCGAUUACAUGUGAUUCUAACGAUUUAUUCUCAUCCCUAUUUGUGUAAUAUUGCUUUAUUAGCUCCAUUACUAGCCCACCUAAGCAAAUGCUCUAUGAACUAAAACCAAGAUUAUUACUACCCAUCUACCUCAUUAGUCUACCCAACUUAAUCUUCACAUAUAAACGAUGACACUAUGUGCCCAGCCAGCCAUGCCAUGCGUUAAGUGUUUUUCAUUCCAUCCAGCCUCUCUGUCCAAAUAUCCACGAAUGAGUGUAAAAAUAGUAAAAAUACCCACAUCAAUCACAACCUGUUUAUAAAACUAAUACGCGCAACGUUUGGCAUGUGUAUGACUAUGUACAUAUAUAUGUCGACGCAGGGAAUAGGAUACCCUUCGUCCUCAUCAUCACACUCCAACUGUGGACAUUGUUCCAAUCGUUCAAAGCAAAUGGGUUUCUUGGGACCCAACUUCGGGUGGAAGGAAAAGUAUAAUUAUCUCGCAAUGGACACAUGGACUACAAAUCACCGACAAUUCCUCCACCUUAUUCCUCCUUGCUCACAACCUUUUCCAGAGACAACGACCACAAAAUUCAAAGAGAUAUUGUGAUGCGAUAUGAUUAUGCAUUUCGUUGGGUGAAAUUUUAUGGACCUUUGUUCAUAUUGCUUGUGUACAAAGUUUCUAUGAGUUAGUGGACAAUUAUGAUAACAUGUUAUAUAUAAUGUCCCUGAUUAUGGUCAUCACACUGCAGGCAGAAUCAGUAGCUCCUUAUUAUCUCCCUCACCAAAUUUCUACCACACAUUCAAAGUCAUCUCCAGAAGAGAGACGUGACGAUAACUUUUAGCUAGAUAAUUUUCUACUUUCAAAAUUUGUCUGUACCACACAAUCUGGUCAUUUCAAAAUCAUUGUCAAGUACUUUGUGUCUCAAUUUGAUUGUUACCAAUUGUGGAAAUGGAAGCGGAGAAGACUGACGUGACCAUUAUUUCUCCAAGAAGGAUUCGCACGGAGUAUGCACUGGGAGACGGGUCGUAUGGGAUCGUUUACAAAGCCAUGUGGACCGUUGGGAAAGGUGUCACCGCGACGGAGACGGACGUCGCGAUCAAAAUUCCCAAGAACCCCGUGCUCAAGGACCACGCUUGGACGGAAGUGACCAGGAUGAGUUUGCUCAACCACCCAAACAUCCUCUCCCUUCACGGCAUCACUUUCCCCCGUGGCGAGGACAGUGCCCCGUGGAUAGUCAUGGAAUACAUGGCUUGCGGAAAUCUCCAUUCGUACAUCAAAGCCUAUCCAGGUGGAGGGAUGACCUCGACGGUAAUGGUCAAAUUUGCCUACGGAAUAGCGUGUGGGAUGACCUACCUCCAUCAUGAAAUGAACCAACGUCACGGCGACUUGGCAGCUAGGAAUUGUCUCGUGGGCCCCCAAGAAACGGUCAAAAUUGGAGACUUUGGGAAGUUUGAAGACCACGACCAAAAUUCCAGCCAUGACAGUGACAACAACCCCUUCCCCUGUCCGCUGAGAUGGAUGGCCCCCGAAAAUUUGCCAGCUGCCGACCGGCCCCCUCGCUUCACCAGAAAAGGGGACAUUUAUGCAUUUGGAAUCGUGUUGUUUGAGAUCUGGAGCAAGGGUGGGACACCUUUCCAAGGUCUGACUGACACACAGGUGAUGGCUGCCUUGGCGGAUGGUGACACGCCAACUCGCUACCAAGCCAUUGGUGCCAAGUGGUUCAUCAUUAAUCUAAUGGACGCGUGCUGGCAGUUUGACCCCUCCAAACGCCCAAACUUCAAGUACAUCAAACGAGAACUGGAGGACUGUGCUGGGCACGUUUUGGGUUUACCUAAUUUGUGAAUUUCCAUACCAAGUCGUCUCAACCACCGCGUUUUUGAGACCUGCAUGUAAAUAUUCUACGUUUCACCGUACCACUCUUAAAUACUUAAAUCUCAAGCUACAAUGAUUAUGCUGGUACAUCACCGAACUUUGUGAUUCUACGUAUCGUAUAAGACUGACCAUAAGUAUUGGUGCUGUUGCUGUCACUAACUUAUUGUUUUGUGAAAGCCUUAUACAUAAUAUUUAUUUAUUUUCUUUUAUCAAUUCUGAGUUCGAGCUGAAGGAUAAAUUUCCUACUUUCGGAAAUAUGAGAUGUGAAAUACAUGUUUUAUGCUAAUGACAUUUAUUUGGUUACGUCGCAAAGAAUUUUUAUAGUGUUCUAAUUGUGAAUACAUUUUUAAUGAUGAAAAAGUCCCCGGGAUUGGAAUUCUAAA